AUGCAGCUAGUGGGUGGUGCCCCGGCCGACGUGAGCGUCAUCAACCCGCCCGCAACGAGCGCAUCAAAUGCCGCUCGCUACAACAAUGGCACCCUCCCGCAGUACAUGCCACGCAUCUUCACCACCAACAGCCAGCUGACAGAGGAGGACCACAUCCUUCCCCGAAGGCGCAACGCCAAGCAGCAGCACGCAAUUGAUCGCCGCUACCGCAAGAUUAGUCCGCUGACAGAGCCGCUGCAGCGACUGGGACGCAAGCUCAAAACCGGGCGGGCUCAUAGUGAAGAAGAUGGUGAAGGGAGUGCUUGGGCGCGUGUCCAAAGGAUGGCCGCCGCCGCCGCCUUUGCAGCGCCCCCAUGGCCUCCUCCCGGCUCCACUCGUGGCCGGCGGGUGCCACAGGGUCCGCAGCAGGCUGCCAGCAGGCCCGAGCGGUGGCUCGCGACGCGACUCGGCUGCGCCGCCUCCUCGCCGCCGAGUGCUGCGAGCGUCGAGCGAGUCGCCGGCGAGCCAUCCGCCACAGCCUUAGCUGCCGGCUGUGACUUCACCCGGCAGAGCCUCGACGACUGCUCGGUGCGGAGUGUACUGUUGCGAGGCGCCGCUGGGCGGCGGCGCGCGGCUCCUCGCUGCUUCGGCGCGCCGCGCUGGCGCUCUGCGGCGGACGGUGCCGUUGGCUCGCCGUUGCCUCGCUCGUGGACGUCCCAUUGAAGCACGCGGUGCGGCGCCUCUCGGCGCUCGUCAUCGCGCGCACGGCUGUGGCGCCGCGUCCAGGCGCUCGUCAUCGCGCGCACGGCCGUGGCGUCGCGUCCAGGCGGCAAGCGCACCGUGCCAUGCCUGCGGUGGCGCUGCCGGCCGACAGCGCCACCAACACUCACGUACCGUGAGGAAACGCCGCCGCGUCGCGUGCGUGGCGCGGCUAUCACUAGCGGCCGGCGCUCGUCGGGUGAUGGUGUCGCGGGCCGGCGCUCCAGUGUCGAGACGCAGGUAGAAUUCUU